GUGAUCAUGACGUAACAUUAAAAGGCGGUGCUCUGCAGUGAAAGGAGUCCGUCAUUUCCCCUUUGUUCCUGCUGCACGGAGUGGCUGCGUGAAUUGUCUUUCCUCAGCUGAACUUUCUGUAUUUAGCUCAAGUUAGACUAAGUCACGUUGGUUUUGCUGAAAAAUGGCUCAGUCAAUCCUCGACCUUAUUCCUGAGACAUGCACGGGAACCCUUACCAUAACUGAACAUCUGAACUUCUGGGGAGGGAAACGGGUGAAGCCCCUUCAUGAGACCAACGUUGAACCGGUUUUUGAGCCUGCUACUGGCCAUGUUCUGUGUCAGAUGGUCCCCUGUGGGGCUGAGGAAGUUGACGAGGCCAUAAAGAGUGCCUAUGGUGCCUACAAAAAAUGGAGCAAGUUGGCAGGAACCGAGAGAGCCAGAGUGAUGCUGGAGGCUGCUCGGAUUAUCAGGGAAAGAAGGGAGAAGAUCGCAAAGUUGGAAGUAAUUAACAAUGGCAAGUCAAUCACUGAAGCCCUGGUGGACAUUGAUAUUGCAUGGGAAUCCAUUGAAUACUAUGCUGGUCUGGCUAGUACACUCUCAGGCCAGCACGUUCAGCUUCCUGGAGGAGCAUUUGCAUACACAAGGAGGGAACCUCUUGGUGUGUGUGUGGGAAUUGGUGCCUGGAAUUACCCUUUCCAGAUUGCAUCAUGGAAGGCAGCACCUGCUCUGGCAUGUGGUAAUGCCAUGGUCUUCAAACCCUCUCCAAUGACUCCUGUGACAGCUGUUAUCCUGGCUGAGAUCUUCAAAGAGGCAGGAGCACCAGACGGGCUCUUCUGUGUGGUACAAGGUGGAGCAGAGACAGGGUCGUUGCUCUGCCACCACCCAAUGGUUGCCAAAGUUUCCUUUACAGGCAGUGUGCCCACAGGCAAAAAGGUCAUGGAAAUGUCUUCAAAGGGAGUGAAGCAGGUGACUUUGGAACUUGGAGGGAAAUCUCCACUCAUUAUUUUCAAGGAUUGUGAACUUGAGAAUGCAGUGAAGGGUGCACUCAUGGCUAAUUUCCUCACCCAAGGACAGGUUUGCUGCAAUGGUACCAGAGUUUAUGUACAACGAGAAAUCAUGCCUCAGUUCUUGGAUGAAGUGGUGAAGAGGACCAAGGCCAUUCGUUUAGGAGACCCUAUGCUGGACGAUACCAACAUGGGUGCUUUGAUCAGCAAACCUCACUUGGAGAAGGUGCUUGGAUUUGUGGAUCAGGCCAAAAAGCAGGGAGCCAAGGUGCUUUGUGGAGGAGAGCCUUUUACUCCUACAGACCCCAAACUCAAAGGUGGCUACUUCAUGUCCCCUUGUGUGCUUGACAACUGUAGAGAUGACAUGACCUGUGUGAAGGAGGAGAUCUUUGGGCCCGUCAUGUCAGUCAUGCCUUUCGAUACAGAGGAGGAGGUUCUCCAAAGAGCCAACAACACCACGUUUGGACUGGCUUCCGGAGUCUUCACCAGGGACAUUUCCAGAGCCCAUCGUGUAGCAGCAAACCUGGAGGCAGGGACCUGCUUCAUCAACAAUUACAACAUCAGUCCUGUGCAAGUGCCAUUUGGAGGAUACAAGAUGUCAGGGUUCGGCAGAGAAAAUGGUGAGGUAACCAUUGAGUACUACUCCCAGUUGAAGACUGUGGUGGUGGAAAUGGGAGAUGUGGAGAGCCUCUUUUAAACUUCACAUCAGUGCCUACAGUCGACGUGACUUUCAAGCUCUUUACCACCUUCAGUCAUGAGCUGCAGAUUUGCAUUAUGAUCAAAUGAUGUGAACUAACACUGCCACCUGUAUGAUUUGAUCACUUCAUUUCUUUAUAAAAAAUAAACAUUUGGUACACAAGUA